AACAUCCACAUAAAAGUAUGUUUGGAUCAUAAGAUGCACUGACAGUAUUGUUAUCUUAAUUUAAAAUUAUUCAAAAAUGCUGCUUUUAUUAUUUUAGAAAAACCGGAAACAUCCAAGAUGAUUGGAAAACUAUUUUUUCUCAUCUUUAUGUGUGGUAUAGGAUUGUCCAGCCAAGAUGCCAACGCAUAUAUGGAUGCAGUCAUUAAAGACAAUUUGCAUACAGCCGUGUUCAAAGCUGGACUUGACCCGUCUUUUAUAUCUGAUUUCGGAACUAAAUUUGGAGUUCAAGACAUCUAUGGAAAUAUAGGAGAAGCAAUAUUUAAUCGUGGUAAUCUUACAGGAUUAGACAAAGCAAGGCGAAAAGGCGAUUGCACAAAGCCAACACCGUCUGGAUCAACAAUGUUAAUCAACUGCACCAUUAGUUUAACCCAGUUAAUUACUGAAUAUAAAGUCCUCAUAAGGAAUGGAACCCAUAUUUAUUUACCCCGAAACAUGGGACAUGUUUCUGAAACUGUUGUUUCUUUGGAAAUUGCGGGACUGCAUCCCUUCUACCGUGGCUCCCUGAAGAAGUUGAAAGUUGAUAAGGUUGGACUAAUCACUCCAACUUUUUCUGGACUGCCAGCUACUCUCAACAAAUACUUAAAAGUUCUGCAAGACGCUUAUCGAACACACGUAUCGGCUCAAAUAUAUAAUGUCCUACAAAACAAUUAUGCCCUGGCCUUAGAUGCUGCAUUUAGGAAUGUGUCCAUGGCUGCACAUCAUUAAAACUAAAUUCUGUGACGAAAGAACAUAUUACUGCUGCAAACAAAUAAAUAUUUAAAAAUUAUACUAAACUGCGUCAAGUUCCUUUUUCUCUAGUUAUUGCAACAAGCCUGUUCCCAGACGAGGAAAAAUAAUUUCUGUCAAUGGCUGAACAUUAUUAAAUUCUGUAAAGAAAGAGCAUAUUACUGCUGCAAACAAAUAUUUAAAAAUUAUA